AUGGAAUCGUCAAUAGCUACUGCGAAACCCUCAGACGGGCACAGCUCGGCCGUUAACCCGACCCCACUGAAGAAGAUCAGCAAGCAAGCAAAAACGACAGCGCGGAAGAGCAAGCGCAAAGCCAAACAAGAACAAGAAGGACAGACUCCGGAGCAAAUUGCUGCAGAGAAUGCUGCGAGAAGAGAGAGAAACGUUGCUAGGCAACAGAAGUUGAAGGCUAAAGAGAAGAAGGAUGCGCUCCUUCGGGUGCAGAAGGAGAGGGAGGAGAAGGCGAAGCGUGAGGAGGAGAGAUUAUUGAAGAUGAAGGAGGAUGCCGCACUUACUGUGUUUAUUGCUAUGGUGGCGAGGUCAGAGAGUACUGAAGCUGUCCUUGAGAGAAGGCAUGUGGCCAUGGAGAAGUUGGCGAAGCGGCUAUUUCCGUUUUGGUUCUGGUAUCAACAUAUCAUUUCGAGGAUCAACGUACAGGUUGAUUCGCUUGAGUAUCUACUGGCGUUCAAAGAAAAUACGCUCAACCAACGAAUCCGGAAGGCUCGGGGUCUUGAGAAGGUACAAGACUACUUCAGACGCCUGCUGAGCUCGGUUAAAAUGUUGGAGAAAGGGCAGAAUGCAAGAGUAAAUGCUGUGCUUUGUGCUUGUGAGCUGGCAAAGAACAAAGUCAAGUCAGGUCCAGAGCCAGAUUCGAGCUGA